AUGGCCUAUCAUAGCCACAUACUCGCAGUACUGGCUGUAUGCGCCAACCAGGUGUCGUGCUCUUAUGUCAGUUCGCUAUCGACCAAUGCUCAAGGAGUUCUCAAUGAGUCCAUGAGCUGGAUGGACGGAUACUACGACCGCGCUGCUGGAUAUCUAUAUAGUCUGGAUGCUGCGGCUGCUCUUCGACAUGAUACACGUAGCUCGGCGUGGUAUGCCAUUGGUUUGUUGGCCAGGAACGAGGGAGACGAUGUCAACAACGCCGAGCAGAUCCUGACCAACAUAAUCAAUGGACAGUACAAGGAUCCAACUGAGCAAUGGUUUGGCGAUUACCAAAAGGAACCUGAGGAGCCGUAUGUAGGCACUGAUGCGUAUCCCGAGGACAUCUACAACUCGUGGGAUCCCAAUUGGAGAGGUUUCAUUGGCACGACCUUCAUUAUCGGUCUAGAAGAGUUCCCACAUCUACUCAGCGACGGUGUUACCAACCUCAUGCUUGAGUCUCUACGCAACUCUACCAUCGGGGAUAGCUACAGAGUUGGCGGCGUUGACGGUGAUAAUCUAUAUCCUGCUUAUUCGAACCCGUCUAUCAUGCGAGCGUUCGUCUCGGGCUGGACCGGGCGUCGGCUCAGCGACUCCAAUUUCACUGUGGCAGGUGAACAAUAUGCCCAAGAGAUUAUCGACCUAUUCAAUCGCGCACAAACGCUUUCCGAAUUCAACAGUGGUACAUAUACAGGGGUGUCUCUUUUUGGUCUGACUUUAUGGGCCAAAUACUUGCCUGCCGACUCCGUCAUGAGCCAAUAUGGAGAACACAUGAUCAAAGCUACCUGGGAGGCUGUAGGACAACUCUGGCACCCUCAUCUCAAAAACAUGGCAGGCCCUUGGGAUCGGUCAUAUGGCUUCGAUAUGAACAGGUACUUCAGUCUGAUGGCUCUAUGGUUUUGGAUCAUCAUGGGAAAAGACAAGUCUUCUCUCAUCUCUUGUCCUCAAGUCAUGUCACACAGUGCAGACUUUGCUUAUGGACCUCUCUUUGCCAUCCUUGGAGAACUCCAGUCGUCUUUGAUCCCUGAAGAUGUCGUGGCAGCUUUGAAAGACUUCCGCGGAGAGCACGUCUUCAGCUCGUCUACAUUUUCGCCCCCUUUCGAUGACUAUCCUCGAAACAUCACUACUUGGCUGGCCCCAAACAUUAGCAUCGGUGCUGAAACAUUUGACGAGAAUGUGAUAGGUGGACCAGCGAUCAAUCCGAGUACAUUCAAUCCUGCCGUGAUCCAGUGGAAUACUGGUGCUGGUAUCGGUUUCAUCACCCUCCACGCUAGCGAAAACGCAACCACGACUAUCGUCUCUCCCAAUCGUCUCGAGUUGAGCUACCCGUACGGCAACAGCUCUUCGAUUUUCAGCUUCAUUGUCUCGACCUUUGCCAACAAGCGAGAUGUUACUAGCUGGGCUGACAUCCAAGGCGGGAAUAUCAGUGUCACAACCAAUGCGAAUGCAUCAUAUGGAGUCAGUUUUGCAGGAGCAUACGGCGGGCAGGACAAAGUCAUCAACGACUUCGAGUACUGGAACAUCAGUUACACUAUGCCAGUCAACUUCACUGGGGUUCCGAGACUGGUGCUGGACAUUGAACUGUGGUGA